CCGAGCCGUUCCUUUACGUGCAUUCAUGGCCAUCUCCAACUUAUAGUCAUCCAAAAAAUGCACAUCAGAGUCUGACGCCCACCUGGUUUUGACCUACCUUCAAAUCUUUGAAUGCUGGUUAGCUGGAAAAUCAUAGCAGUCAACGCACAGAAAUGUCGUUCACCUUUGAAUGGCCACGCUUUUCCGACCAGUUUCACACAGAUGCUAUCCAGAUGCUCAAUAACGCCCUCAACAAGGGCAACAAACCGCCAGUCAUUGCUGACAAGAUUGAAGUCGUAGAACUUGAAAUGGGAACACAACCACCAGAACUCGAAAUUCGGGAUAUUGGCGACUUGACAAUGGACCACUUUCGCGGCAUAUUUCGUUUCACUUAUGCAGGAGAUGCACAUAUCGUACUCAAGACCAAAGUGCAGGUGAAUCCCUUGAAUCACAAGCAGCCCGAUAUACAUAUAAUGACAGGCUCUCGUGGCAUGCUGGCUGCCAAAGACCCUCUCGUAGUUCCAAUGCUCCUCCGUCUCUCCCAUUUCAAACUCAACUCCUAUGUCGUCCUAGUCGUCUCAAAGCAAAAGGGCAUCACACUCGUAUUCAAGACGGACCCCCUCCAGAACGUAGAUAUAAAUAGCACAUUCGACUCCAUCGCCGUAAUCCAAAAGUUCAUCCAACGCGAGAUUGAAGGCCAGCUUAGGCAGAUGUUCAGGGAGGAUCUACCAGGAAUCAUACAUCGUCUCAGUCAACAGUGGGUAAAAGCUAAAGUGGAGGCACCGUAUCUCAACAAGCAGGCACCUACAUCGCGGCGCCGAGCUUUCGACGUCGUUUCUGCACCUGAUCUCGCUUAUAUGUCACCUGGCUUCUCUGGUAUCGGGUUACACAUGCACCGCCAACAAUCCCUUGGCUCUAUUUCUUACGGUCGUGCACGCUCGAUAUCAGGUGCUUCAGUAUCAAGCUCGACCCGUAGAAGUAUCCGAACUUGUCCCACUCCCUCUCACACGAGUCUGCCAGUAUUAGACCCAUCUCCCUCCAAUCCCGAGCAAGAAAUAUUUGACCCAACAUACGGUCUCCGUCCAGAGGGGCUUCCAACAAAGAGUAUCUUCUCAUCCUUCAGCCGCCUCUUCACGCGUAACAUGGGUCUUGGAGACCUUACUGAAGAGCCCGAAGAAGAUGAAGGCGAAGAAGAGCAGGGUUCAUUCGAUGUUGUCGACUGGGAAGAUUCAGUAGCCGGGUAUUCACCACCCCCAACCAUCGUUGAAGAGCCUGUCGUAGAAUACGAAACGCUGCCUGCAGUGGGUGGUGGCACUAUUACCCGUCCGCGAGUAUACCAUGCCCAAUCCAUGAUCCAGACUCCUUCAAAAACAUCCCGUUUGCCGGAUGCAUCUUCUGUCCGCUCAGACCCCCAGUCUCGUCCAUCACAACCCACACGCUUAUCCUUUCAUCGGUCGCAUUCUAGUUUCAACCCGUAUUUUCCUGUUACGCCUGCACUCUAUGGCGUACCGGGCCACUACACACGAUCAGAGCCCGGGUACGAUAUCCCUACCCAAUCCCACCCACCCCGCCCCAUCACUCCCUCUAGCCUCGAAACUCAAUUCUCCUCGAGCAGCGGUGUCAUCGACACCCCACCUUCUUCCAUUGCACCCCAAGAUACAGCCACAAACCCAGACACUGAUGCAGAAACAUCCCUCAAAUCCUCCCUUUCCUCCCGCCGCUUCUCCCUUUCCCUUUCUUCCUCCUCUAAUAUAAACCACUUCGAUACCUGGAGCACGACGCACACGCACUUCACAAACCCGGAUCCGGACCCCGUCAUCCUCCGCCCCGCCCUCAACAACACCAUCUCCCAACUAAGCACCCUAUCCCAGUCGAACCACACAUUAUCGCCUUAUACGCGCCCGCUCGCUCAUUUCACGGUGCGGAGCGUUCCUCCGAGGACAGUGAGUAAGGAGCAGGUGGUGGGUGAGAGACCCGGUGUUAAGGCGAGGAGGAAGAGGAUGUAUAGGAUUGGGAGUGGGAGGGCGAAGGUGGAUGUUGCACCGAACCCAGUAGCAACGGCUAUCAAGUCGUCAUCAAAACUGGAACUGGAAUUGCCGUUGUCACCUGUGCCUCCAUCAGAAUUCGAUCAAUCUGAUAUGGAUCGAUAUUUCCGCUCGCCACCACCAUCAUCCCUAUCUCCAGCCUCAGAUCUACCGCGCCCCUCCUGUCAUGACGUUCGAAGACGGCGUCCACGCUAGAUUUAUUGAUUAAUUCUGCGACUUGACUUGAUUCACGAUGAUGAUUUAUUAUGGCAGUGCAUGGGCUUGUAGCAUUGUAAUAUACAGACAUAUCUUAUCUUACACCUUACAUUCCAAGAACAAAGAACAACAAUAUGUACGCACGCAAUAUGAUCCGACUCGAAUCCAAAGCAACUAGGACAACACUGACGACAACAAAAACAUUCCCAAAUUCUAUAUGUAUCCAUUCUCUUGUCCCAUAUUAAACGAGGGGGAAAGAUUCAGCAUAUCCCCCGAAGGCACCACAGGCUGAACGAGUGGUGAAGAUGACAUUUCGACCUGGAGGAAAUC